CUGUGUCCACUCAUAUUGAGCGUGACGGGAAGAUUCAGGUCUUACUCAUGGUCGAGAGUGGGAGAACUGUGUACAUACAUGGCAUAACCAAGCAGGACUUUGCAUUGUGGUAUUCUUCCAUCCAGCUGGCAGCUGGGACGGACGGUAUGGGUCUCGGCAACCAGCAAAUGAAUAAAAAUGAUGUUCCUAUCAUUGUGGAUAGCUGCAUUGCUUUUGUCACCCAAUGUGGUUUGUGUUAUGAGGGAAUCUACCAGAAAAACGGUGACCCGGGCCGUGUGGCCCAGCUCCUGAAGGAGUUUACCAAGAACGCUCGGGUUGUUAAACUACGGGCUCAAGACCACCGGCUAGAGGACGUCACAGACACACUCAAGAGCUUCCUGUCUCACAGUGAAGAUGCUCUGUUGGCUAAAGAGCUGUACCCUUUUUGGAUCUCUGCCCUUGAUGAACUGGAUGAGAAGGUCAGAGUGCAAAAAUAUUCAUCCUACAUUCAGAGUUUACCCAAGGUCAACAGGUCAACUCUUGGUGCUCUGCUGCAGCAUUUGUACAGGAUUCAGAGGUGCUCACAUAUCAACCAGAUGAGCACGGAGAAGCUGGCAUGUGUUUUUUCCUCGUGCCUGUUUCAGACGGAGGGACACACGGCUCAGGAGACCCGCGUGGUGGAAGACCUCAUCAACAAUUACAUCCAGCUCUUCUCUGUCAAUGAAGAGCAGGUUAGGCAAAUGGAGAAAGAAAACAGCUUUAUCGCCAGGUGGAAGGACACCACAUUCUCUCCUGCUGGUGACCUGAUAUUUGAAGUCUACUUAGAAAAAAAGCAGCCAGAGAAGUGCUGUUUAAUCAAGGUGUCUCCUAACAUGAGGUCGGACGAGCUUGCUGUCAGCGCUCUGGAGAUGAAGGGGAUGGAGGUCAAAGCUCAAGAUCUCUGGACCACUUUUGAGGUCAUUGAGAAUGGAGAGAUGGAGCGGCCCUUACACUACAAAGAGAAGAUUCUGGAGCAGGUAUUGGAGUGGAGCUCUCUGGAGGAUCCCAGCUCGGCCUUCCUGCUCAUUAAGAAAUAUUCUGGUUCUAAAAUGACAGAUUCCAACUCAGAUAAACUGAAAGAUUUCAUUAAAGGAGAGCAACUCAAAUUUAAAGACGGUUCUUCCAAACUGCUGUUGGGGAAUAAGUUUCAGGACCGCUACCUGGUACUACAAGACAAAAAACUGCUGUUAUACAAAGAUAUAAAAAGUACCAAACCAGAAAGAGAGGCUCCAUUAAAGUCUGUUAAAUGUUACUUAGGGCUGCGAAGGAAGUUGAAGCCAACAAGCAGUUGGGGAUUUACUGUUUAUACUGAAAAGCAGCAGUGGUAUUUCUGCUGUAAAGGGAAUGAUUCUCAGCAGGACUGGGUCACCUCCAUUAUCAGAGUGAAGCAUGACGGUGACUUAUGGCCUAGGGACCUAAAGCAGAGCACUUCGUUACCUUAUAACCUGAGCAGAGGAAGAACAUCCACUUACAGCACGGCAAAGACCAGCACAGCCAAACACCAGAGAGAGGCUAAAGGGAAGUCAGUCGUCAGUACAGGUUCAAAUAGACAAAACCAAAUGACCACAGAUGAGUUCAACCAACAGGACUCGAUGCAUAAAUUGGCUAGCGGUGAAGGAACUCUGUGUGUCUCCGGGCUUGAAAUGGUGAUUGAUGAGACACUCCAGUCUUCCUGUAGACUAUCAAUUCAACAAGACCCCAGCGCUCUCACCCAGCUAUCACAAAAGAAAGCUGUGGUGCCCAUCAGAAGUGUGCAGUUGCCACAAAACCUCAUUAAUGAACUAAAUACUGUUCUCAACAAAACAGGACACUCUCCGAAAGAAGGCAAUUAAGAGUGACAGAGACAGAAAGACCAGAGUCUUGUCUGUUGCACUUCCAUUGUGCAUGAGGGAAAAAAAAGACCCACAAAAAUCAACCCACAAAACACUGUUGCCUAUCAGUAAAGAAGUCAGACAUACUGCAAUUUUGAUCGAGUGUUUAACAUAGAGGGACAUGGAGAGUUUGUACACUCUUAAGAAAAAUGGU